ACAUGGUUUCAUUGCAUCGAUAUGCAAGGCAAGUCCAUGUCAUCAUUAUUUUUCUCACAAAGUUACAACGUACAGCAAUUUGUUCUUACGCCUAUCAAGUUUUGGACUUUUGCAGGAUAUUUUUUUGACUUUGUGGUAAAAUUUGGUUCAUUUUCAUGAAAUUGUGGAACCUGCUAGUAGCCUCUAGUGACAUGUUCCACGUUCUUAUCCUCUCGUCUCUGUUAAUCAUACGUGUCUGUCUCCCACUAUCAUCAGUGCACGUUCCAUGUGAUCUUCCACACGUGAUCACACGCUAAUCAGAUCCUCACACAAUGCCAUGAUUCAAUCACUGUUGCCUUCCUAUUCCCUAUAUACACUGCAUGCUAACUAGGCGUUUAAGUUGGCCUAAAUUGGAUUUGAUUUGGUGCUUCCUUGUCUCAUCUUCAGCUAAACUCUGAUGGGAUUGUGAAUACUAAAUAUCUUGCUGGUGGGUAUUUGAUAUCUUCCUGAAAUAACUCGAGUGGCUGGAGGUUAAGAACUUUCUAGUUAAUCAUCCUAUCUUUUUUAAUCUUGAAGGGUUUAUUUUAUUAUAUAAUUUCGAAUAUUCAAGCUCUAGUUGUUUUUGGAUAGUGUUCUAUACUAUUUAUGCUUUUGUAACAUUUAUUAUUCUUUACUCGCUUUUGUUUUUCAUUUGGAGAUUUCCCCCCCUUUUUUUUUGUUAUAUUUACUGGUGGUCUUUAAAUUGGUGAGUGAGACAUGUGGGGAUGGGUUCUCUGAGUAGGAUUUAAUAGGUUAGAUGCCUCACGGAAGCAAAGUGGCAUGCAAGUUGGACAUCUUGAUAAGCUACCAGUUAGGUCUACUUUAGGAGUGAUUUGAGGCUCUUAUUCUAUGCUCUAUAGAUAUCUUUUAAUUUUGGCAAAAAUCGAGAUCCAACCUUUGGAUCCAAUAUCUUUUCUAUCAAUCUUCAUUCUUCAGAUAUUUUCUGCUGGUAAGGUUCUUGAAUAGGAGAACUGUGAAGUUUUGAGGUGAAUUCUGUGCCUUUUAUUGGAUAUGAGAAGCUUGUGGAGAAGUUAUUGUAUGAGGCUUAAAGCUUUGGCUUUGCCACGAAACGUCUGAAGUGUACAACAUGGGUAGCAACAGAACUAUUGUGUGGUUUAGAAGGGACCUUAGAAUUGAAGACAAUCCUGCAUUAGCUGCUGCUGCUAGGGAGGGUUCUGUAUUUCCUGUGUAUAUAUGGUGCCCUAAAGAGGAAGAACAAUUCUAUCCAGGAAGGGUGUCAAGGUGGUGGCUGAAGCAGUCUCUUGCUCACUUGGAUCAGUCACUGAAGUCUCUUGGAACCAGACUUGUUCUCAUCAAAACCCACAGUACUGUCACUGCUCUUUUGGAGUGUAUAAAGGCCAUUCAAGCAACAAAAGUUGUGUUCAACCAUUUGUAUGAUUCAGUUUCACUUGUCCGAGAUCAUAACAUCAAAGAAAAACUAGUAGAACUUGGCAUAUCUGUGCAAAGCUACAAUGGGGAUCUUUUAUAUGAGCCAUGGGAAAUAUAUAAUGAAAGGGGACAUACUUUUACUACCUUUGCCCCUUUUUGGAAGAGAUGCUUGCACAUGCAAAUGAAUGUUGUUUCUCUUAUUCCUCCAUGGCAAUUAAUUCCAGCUGAAGGAAAAGUUGCGGAAUAUUCAAUUGAAGAACUAGGUCUUGAAAAUGAAUCGGAAAAACCAAGCAAUGCAUUACUAGGACGAGCAUGGUCUCCAGGUUGGAGAAAUGCCGACAAGACGUUAACUGAAUUUGUGGAGCAGCAUCUACUUCACUACUCCAAGAAUAGGCUAAAAGUGGGUGGAGACUCCACCUCACUUUUGUCUCCAUAUCUUCAUUUUGGAGAACUGAGCGUGAGGAAAGUUUUUCAAUUGGCACGUAUGAAACAAAUAUUAUGGGCAAAUGAAGGCAAUAGUGUUGGUGAAGAGAGUGUAAAUCUUUUUCUCAGGGCCAUUGGACUUCGAGAGUACUCACGCUAUCUCUGUUUCAAUUUUCCCUUCACUCAUGAGAGAUCACUUCUUGGGCACUUAAAGUUUUUUCCUUGGAAUGCUGAUCCUGAUAUGUUUAAGACUUGGAGACAAGGUAGGACUGGCUACCCUUUAGUUGAUGCAGGAAUGAGAGAACUUUGGGCAACAGGAUGGAUACACAACAGAAUAAGAGUAAUAGUUUCCAGUUUUGCUGUGAAAAUGUUGCUUCUACCUUGGAAAUGGGGAAUGAAAUAUUUCUGGGACACACUUUUGGAUGCAGACCUGGAAAGUGAUAUCCUGGGUUGGCAGUAUAUCUCAGGGGGCUUACCAGAUGGUCACGAGCUUGAGCGCUUGGACAAUCCUGAGAUUCAAGGAGCUAAAUUUGAUCCAGAAGGUGAAUAUGUAAGGCAAUGGCUCCCCGAGUUGGCAAGAAUGCCAACAGAGUGGAUCCAUCAUCCUUGGGAUGCACCCCUUAGUGUGCUUAGAGCAUCAGGAGUUGAGCUGGGUCAAAAUUAUCCAAAGCCAAUCAUUGAUGUAGAUUUGGCCAGAGAAAAACUAACUGAAGCUAUAUUCAAGAUGUGGGAAUCUGAGGCAGCAGCAAAAGCUGCUGGCUCUGAAGCAAGGAAUGAAGUUGUUGUAGACAACUCCAACAGUGCUGAAAAUUUGGACAUUUCAAAAGUUAUGUAUAAGGGCAAGACUCCAUGUCCAACUAUUUCAGCUAAUGAUCAGAAAGUGCCUGCACUUCAGGAUCCGAAGAACGACCCGCCUAUUCGGAAGAGACCAAAAUGUGUGGCAGAUGAGGCACAUAACCAAGAUAAUAAUUCACAAAAUCAUAACAAAGAUACUGGGGUGUCAACCAUUGAUCAAGACAUGAGUUCCACAGCUGAUUCUUCAUUUAAGAAACAGUGUACCAGUGCAAGCACAUAUUCAUUUUCUGUUCCACAACAGUGUUCGUCAUCUUCUAAUCUAAAGUGGCCAUGGCAAGACCAGAUUGACAUGGAGCAGAGUUCGAGCAAAGAUGGAGCUAUGUGAGGAUAAUGCUGUUCUUAUUCAUAAAUCCUGUCGCAGCUGCGUUACUCGCUAUUAAAAAAAUGUACCAUAUUUAAGUGCUGCAGUUUUUUUUAGACUAUGCUAUGCCUUUGUUUUUCAUGGCUAUAUUCCCAAUCAGCUAUGUAAAAGGUUUGAGGAAAAAGAGCACAGGAUUGAAACACUAGCCAAAAUUGUAUAUUUUUUAUUUGUGCUGGCACCAUGCAUACAAACUCUGUAAUCAAAUAAUCUAUACAAUAAAUUCCUCUAAUAUAGCUUGCAUUUUAUUUUUG